GCACUAUUUUAUAAUGCACGCGAAGUGCUCUUAUUGGUGAGAGGAGGCGGAGUGUGAUUGGCUGCGGGAUAACUCCAUUUUGGAAACAGCUGUUUGAAGCCCUAUCCUUCUUUUCAUUGUGUUCAAUAGACUGUCAGAGUGUCGUUGGAUUUGACUGGGAUCUCACCCGUUUAUGUUUUUUUGUGGGAGCCGAUAUAUUGAGAAUUAGAAGUAAGCGGGAAGACCGAUCGGGAAUGAAUGGAAAUUCCAACAAAAAGUGGAUUGCGUAGUAACAAGUGGAAGAAAGUGAAGACGAUCGAGGUGUUAUGAGAGGGCAUAUCGUGAGGAGAUGAUGGACGUUGAGGCGUCAUACUCAGAUUUUAUAAACUGUGAUCGGACGGGUCGCAGGAACGCAGUGCCGGACAUCAAAGGAGAGGGUGUAACCGUGGGGACAGGGGAACUAACCAAAGACAUGGCUCAGAUGGACCUGAAAGCUGCAGAGGGAGGUGCUUCCGGACCUCCAGCCCCUGAAGCAGAGGCAUCUGGCAGCCAGGACAAUCAGGGCAAAGAGGGUCCGUCAUAAACACGAAGAAUGACCUAGAGGAGAGAAAACCCUGGGAGUUCUCUCCUGUCCUUAUCACAAACUCUCCUUAUCUUUGCUCAUUGGGCAGCAUUGAAGAGCUCCUCUCAUAGACUGCCUUUAAGGUGGAGCUCCACCCGUUGCGUGCGGUUGAGUGCCUAUUAGACGGGCGACGACACUGCCUUUGCAACACCACCACACGGGAUGGAUCCGACUAGGACUGCAUUAAGCGCUGAUGAGGGAAUAUUGUUUUUCUAUCUGAGGUCGAACAGAAGCACAGGAGUUUUGAUAAUUUUCCAUCCAAAACUUUAACUUGAACUGUUCAGACAAAUCCUCAGAGCUACAGUACACUAUAUCAAUCGUACCAAAUAUAGCCUUUUGUUGAAGUUUGUGAGCUGAUGGCUCAAUUUAACUUUCGUUUUUUUUUUAACAAUGACCACUACAGUUGAAGCAGGUCUGUUAUAGAAAGGAAAUCUAAAAUAUUUCCUGAGGUCAGAAGAUUUUUGUUUCUAUACUUCAUUAUAUACUGUAAUAGGCAACAUACUUAACAAUAUUUAUGUAGUAUCUGAGUUAUUGCUUUCUGCUCGUGGCACUGUUGUGGUUUUUGUCAAACUCUGAAACACAGUUCGUUGGAACACAUGGCAUUUAUAUUGUGAUUAUAAAUGUAAGUACCUCAAAAUAAACAGAAAUGACAUCA